CCAACGAUAUCCCCUGGCUAUUGGAAGCAACCCGAGAAGACUGCUGAAGAAUUCGUGACGAUUGACGGUGUUCGUUAUUUCGCUACGGGGGACAUUGGUGAGAUGCGUGAGGAUGGCUCAUUGCUCAUUAUUGAUCGUAAAAAGGAUCUGGUGAAGCUGCAACAUGGUGAAUACGUAUCGCUAGCGAAGGUUGAAACAGCGUUGUUGAACUGUCCUUUGGUGGAUAACAUUUGUGUGUACGGCAAUUCGUUGCAAGAAUAUCUGGUGGCGUUGAUUGUGCCGAAUCAAAAGCAUUUGACGCGUAUCGCUGAUGAG